CAGUAUCCCUCGAAAGCUUGGAGGUUUUUCCGAGCGGACACCGACUUGAUCGUACUUCCCUCGAAAUACGUUGACGAAUUACGAUCCCUUCCACAUACAAUUGCUAGCCCAACCCUCGCACAUGCGUAUAAUCUCUCCGGUUCCAAUACCAACAUGAACAUCAUCUUAAAGAACAAUCUCCACUUCCGUGCCCUUCAAGAACGACUGACGCCGAACUUGGGGAAGCCAGCGCAGCCAAUGCAGGAAGAACUUUGCCAUGCAUUGGAUCUGGAGCUGCCC